CUAAAUUUGAUGAAUUCUCAGGCCAAAAAUCAAAGAUCAAUGUUCAAUCGAAGACACUUCAGCUGGUAGUUGCCGUCUUUUGAAUUCGGGAAGUAUGGAAAACUGAUUUUCUGCUCUUGAACCAGUAAAGCUGUAGUGUUCUGAUUUAAGAAGAAACUCAUAAAAAGGUGUCCCUUGUCAAAUUUCAAAUGACCUUAAAGGAGUAUGAGAAAUAUUUAUAAGCCUAAAGCACAUUCUCAUCCGGAGUUAGGGUUCAUAUUCUUCUUCGAGUUCAAUUCAAUUGGGCAAUGCGAUCAUUUAUUCAUUUUCUUGGUUGUUCCAUAUGUUAAAUUGUCAAGCAACCAAACGCUGAUUUUUUCUUUUUUUGGUGUUUCCUUUUUGCAGCAUAAAGAUCAUUAUCUAUUAAAUUAUCACUUGGUGUACUUGGUGGUGAAUUCUGAUCAUUGCAGUACAUCUGAAAGUACUGCUCACCAUUGGAGUUAAUGUUGGGCUUCAGUUCUUGUUUGUCUAUCUCUCGACUGCCUCAUCACUCCAACCAUUUUUCUCAACGAAUAUUGAACAAUCAUGGAAGUCGCAUGAAAAAGGUUGACCUUGGUAGACCCCAGAUUUUACCUUCUGUAUUGGGGGUUACUUCUGGCUUGCGCGUGUUCGUGGUUUCUGACUUGCAUACUGACUAUGCCGAGAACAUGAAGUGGGUAAAGUGCUUGUCCUCUAUUAAUCACAAGAAAGAUGUUCUUCUUGUUGCGGGGGAUGUUGCGGAGACGUAUGACAAGUUUGUUGUCACUCUGUCUCUCCUAAAGGAAAGAUUUCAACAUGUCUUCUUUGUACCUGGGAACCAUGAUCUCUGGUGUCGUCGUGAUGGGGAAAAUUAUGUUGAUUCUCUUGAAAAGCUAAAUAAAUUGCUUGAUGCAUGUAAGAGUCUUGGAGUUGAGACAAAUCCGAUGGUUAUUGAUGACUUAGGAAUCGUCCCCUUGUUUUCUUGGUACCAUGAGAGCUUUGACAAAGAGCAGGAUAUAGAAGGCCUUCGCAUUCCCUCAUUGGAGAUGGCUUGUAAGGACUUUCAUGCAUGCAAGUGGCCCAGGGGACUUUCAAAUGGAGAUAUCUCCCUCGCUUUAUAUUUUGAUGGCAUGAAUGAAAGGCAACAAAAUGUGGUAGAGGAGAUUCAGAUGACAUGUGAUCACAUAAUUACCUUUUCUCACUUUGUUCCCAGGCAGGAACUUUGUCCAGAGAAGAGGAUGUUAUUCUAUCCAAAGCUUCCAAAAAUAAUUGGUUCAGACUCCCUUGAGCUUCGAAUAAGGUCAAUACAUGGGGCUGAGGGAAGGGGGGAUGCAUCCGCUUGCCAUGUGUUUGGUCAUACCCACUUCUGUUGGGAUACUGUUAUUGAUGGUAUCAGGUAUGUGCAAGCACCCCUGGCCUACCCAAGGGAAAGGAAAAGAAGAAUGAAUGGGGGUGAAAAUUGGCUGCCGUUUUGCGUUUAUGCUGACAAAAGAUUUACAGAUAGACUCACCCCUUGCUAUUGGUCUGAUUAUUACUCUGCCAACCCCAGGACCCCUCACAAUACUGAACUUGCUCCUUGGGUUGCCAGAUUUUACAGGCAAACACAAAGUAUAGAUGUAUAGUAAUCUAGUCUACUCAUAAUAUUGCCCUAUUGCUGUCUUCAUUUGGAGUAUUUAUGAAAGGUCCUUCAUUUGUUGAUUUUGCUGGGAACUAAAUAUAAAAUGGAUAUUGUGGUAUAGAUGCUGUCACUAGACAAGGGGAAAGCUAUACUCAGAUCCAAAGCGAAGAACUGAUACUUGAAUAGUAUUUCCUCUUGUCCUUUUUAGGAGGCUAUGUUAACUAAUUUUAAA